CAUAUGAAAGCUAUGGGUUUAUUUGAUUUUCUGGAUGGAAUUCCAGAUGAUUAUGUACCAAAAUAAAGAAUGACAGCAGAAGAAACUGAAGAAGCCUUCACAUAUCUCAAAAAUCAUCCUUUAUUUAUAGAUCAUAUACCAGAAGAUAUUGAAAACUAUCCUGAAUUAUUAGCUUUAUAAAACUUAUAAUAUGAUGAUACACCUGUAAAUGUAGCAGCAUCUUUACUUAAGAAUGCUAAUGAAAUCAUGAAAAAAGAUGGAGAUAAAAACUACUUUUAGAAAAAAGCUUAUGAAAUUUACACUGAUGCAAUUGAAUAAGAUUGUGGUGAUAAAGAACUAAUGGCUAAAUUAUUUAGUAAUAGAGCAUUAAUUUCAUACAAAUAAAGUAAUCAAUAUAAUAAUUUUAUUUAGAAAAUUAUAAAUGUGCAAUUCAAGAUUGUAAAUGGGCAAUUGAAAAUGAUCCAAAAUUUAUAAAACCUUAUUUUAGAUGUGCUCAAUGUUUGUAUUAAAUAAUGCAUUUCAGUGAAGCUCUAAAAUUUUGUAAUCUAGCUCUUGAAAUAUCAAAAGAAAAAGAAAUUGAAGAAUUAAAAAAAUUAAUUCUUUAAUAAAUUGAAAAGUAAUAAAAAAAAAAUGAAGAAGAAAAAUAAUUAUAAUAAAUAUACACAAUUUGUAAUCAAAAAGGAAUUAGAAUAGGUCCUUCAAAAAUUACCUUACCUCCAGAAUAUCAAGUAUAAUACACAAAUAUUAAAUAUAGCCUUAAAAAAUAUCAUUAGAAUAAGUGAAUCCACCUAUAUUGACGAUUCCAAUGCUAGUCACAUAUCCUGAAUUUCGAUAAAGAGAUUUCAUAUAAUAUUGUUCAGAACAAACAAAAUUAUACUAAAUUUUAGCUCCAUUGUUUUAAACUCCUCUCCCUUGGGAUUAAGAUUAAUAAUACAAUCUAAAUACUAUUGAAUGUUAUAUCGAAUUAGAUGAUGGAAAUUAUGCCAAAUUAAACAUUAAAGCUAAAAUGUUAUCCAUUAUGUAAGGAUAUAAAGUAACUGUAAAAGAGUUUAUUGAAAUUCUUGUGAUUUGUCCAAAAACAAACUAUUAUAAAAAAUAAUUUAGAUCAGAAUACAAUGUUUUAAAUGAUUAAUGA